AUGUUCUCGCGUGGUCUGCAUGACAUCUGGUCGGUACAAGAUAUUGCAAUUGGAAGAAGAUGGAACUUUGCUGAACCCAAUCUCGUAGGAUCGCUUCGACACGUCGACGACAUUGCUGAGGAAAGGAGUGGUACACCCGGAGCGAGAGGAUGGAAGAACGGUCGCUGCGCCAGCCAGUGUAAAGGAGAUUGGCAACCUAACGGGGAGAAAGAGCGAUUGCUCCCGGAGCGAGAGGAAGCAAGAACGAGAAAAGGGAAUGUACACGAGCAAACGGGACAGACCCAAGUGGUGGGUGAGAAAGAGAACGAUGGAGGAGUGGUCAGCAUUCCAGUGGAGCGUAAAGAUCAGCGAACUUAUCAUGAAUUAAGAUCAAUUCAAAAAAUGGAUGUCGCCAAGGGCACAACAGAAGAUUUCGUGACGGUGGUCAGCGUCGGCAGUCAGCCGAUGUCGGAAAACUUUGUGACCGUUCUAUCGAUCGGCAAUAGGAAGAAAGACGAUGAGGAAUCGUCGGCGACGAGCAAAAGUUUGUCGAACGGUAUGGACGGGCAUCUCGAAGAAGAAGUCGAGGUUUUUAGAUUACCCGGAGAACGUUUGGGUUUUGGACUCAAAUUCGAAGGCGGUAACAAGACUGCUGAGAGAGUUAGAAGACUGUUUGUACAGAGCUGCGCGGAGCAAAGUCCAGCCAGCAGAGCGAAAUGUUCAUGGGGCACCUUAGGCGAAGGAGACGAGGUACUGUCGAUCGACGGUAUACCGGUGACACACAUGACCCGCUUGGAUUGCGUGAGAAGACUGAAGGAGUCGCAACUGGUUAUCAGGUUGAUGGUGAGAUGUCGUGGCGCUCUUAGACCGGAAGUGGUGAGCGCUGAGAGAAAAAUUGAAAGAAGCAAAGUGCCUCCAGAAUUACCCGCAGCACCACCGCCUGUACCACCAAGAAAACUGAGACAGCCUCGAGGACCUGCGGACGGCGAGGCAAAUCCUAGUCCCAUCAAGAAAUUGUUGGAUAAUUCGAAAUCUCAGAAUGGAUCGCAAAGUGGCGCGCAGAAUGGCUCGUCAAUUUCACAAAUCGGAUUACAAUGCGUAACCAAAAUAAACUCGUACGAGAGUUACGAGUCUUCGCCGAGAAACAUUAACGGAUCGAAUCAGGAGAACCUGAAAGAAUCGCCGAAGGACCGUUCGCCGGAAUCCGUGAAAACGAAGCAGGAACCACCGGAAGCAAUGGUUUAUCUAGAUGCGCGAUCACAAUGUGGCUCCACGCAUGGCAGCACAUCCGAUGAUACCGGCAGUUCUAUGUCCACCGUAGUGGACAGAUUCUCGACGUCCGAUCGCGUGUCAACCAUAUCCACGACGUCCACAGCGUCAACCGCAGGUUCCGAACAGCCGAGCGAAUUCUCAGGCGUCGAUCGAGACUUCGACCGAUCAUCCGAUCGAGAUGUGCUGCUGUCGCGAGCGAUCUGUCCACUCGAGCAUCUCGAGCGGGAUUUCUCGAAUCCGCCAGAUUACCUUCUCCGUCGUCUUGCCAAUUCUGAAGCGGUGACGCACGUGGAAUCGCGCGGUGAAGUCGAACGAAUUACAGCGGUCGUCGCACCAAACACGGUUUUGAUCGAGGAAACGAUCACUCUUCAGCCGCCACUCAGCUUUCAGGACGCCCCGCUGAGUUACGGACAUGAGGCCAGGCCGGAUCUCUUCUACACGGCCGACCUGGCUGCCGACUCGACGACGCAUUUCAGGCCAAUUAAGGACGACGUGGAGCUCGUGGAGCGCGUCAACGGCAACCACGAGGAAUUCCAAGAAGCGAUCUCUGUUUCCGGCAUGGGGAAAAGCAAUAGCGACAGGUCGUCGCCACCGCCGUUGCCGGCUAGAAAUCACGUUAAUAGGAUCUGCGUGAACCAGAUGCAAACGAGCGAAUCAGGAAACGAGACGCGGCCGCGAAUCUCCUCAACGGUACUUGUUUCUUCUGAAAGAGAACUUUCAGAAGCUCCUCUAUUACCACCGAAACCAUUACCGAGAAAAGAUGUUAAAGCUAGGCGGAAGAGACCACCUCCACCACCUCCACCUCCAAUUAUAACACCGCGAAAGAGAACAAUAAUCUUUCGAGUAUGCACUUCGUCACCAAAUAAAAACAAUGUCCUUGACGAAAAGAGUCAAAAAAUCGAAAGUUCAGAUGAAAGUCUCGAUAAAGAAUCUGACAUGGAGAACGUUUGCCUUAAUAACGAGAAGGGUAAAGCUGCAAGUUCGGAAGAAAAUACACAAACAAAUAAAGUCUUUGAGAUUAUCGAAAUCAGAAUGGCUAAAGGUUUACAGUCUGAUCAGAAGAAGGAAAAUAAAUCGAAUAACACAACAGAAAUUGUGAAUUGCGAGCAAAAUAAAGUAAAAAACGAAGUAAUUAAUAGAAACGAACAAGACCAAUUGCAGCCUACGAAUAAUUCGAAUAAAGUUUCACCAGAGCAUGAAAGUUCGAUCUUAGAAUCAACUGACGAGCUCAUUGACGAGUCAAACGAUGAAAAAGAAAACUGUAUAAACUCGAAAAGUUGUCAGCAAGAAGAAACUAGAACAAAUGAUCGGGAUAAUUUUAAAGAAGUGUUUCCAACAAACGAAGAAGGUAUUUUAUCAAUCGAUAAUUCUACGAUGCGAGAGAACGAAGAUAACGAAACUUAUCAAUCGCUCGACGUGGUCAACGAUGAUAUAAAGAAUCCAGAAAUAAAUCAAAUAUUAGAAAACGAAGAAAUUAUGGAAGAAGAAGAAGACACCACUGACGAAAGCGACGACGGCGAUUAUUACUGGCAAAGUAAUCUCGCUACGAUUGGCGAAGAGGAAGAAACCUCCUUAGAAUAUAUGAAUGCCAACGCAGACAUGAAUGAUUCCAGUGAGCUGACGGUGGAGUCGGAAGAAUCGCCUUCUGCAAUCAAGAAAGAUAUGUUCGUUAAAAACGCGCGAGAUGACGAAGCAGACCGCGUGAGCAAGAUUGCAGAAUACACGGAGGAGGAAAGCAAGAACCCGAACAAAGAUACGGUAAAUGGUAAGAUGGAGAACUGUGGAGGCGGCCAACGCCUGCCCCCGGACGGGGACGAAUUUCCAGCAGCGUACCAAGAAUUCAACAACAGUAGCAACCAGCCACCAUACAGAUAUAUCGCUACGACAAGAACAGCGACGAUAACUACGAAUGAUGCAGGAUUGUGUAAUGAAAACGAGUCGUUUCGUACUAAUGAGACUGUUAAAAUGCUCACGAACGACAGCAACGUUGUCAGUUCGAGAAGCAUUAUUCUAUCGGAUAGUAAGAUAACGUUCCCAGGCACUGAAAACGUGAGGCAGGAUAUAAACAAAGUUGCUUUGGCAAGUAUGGAGAGUGUCCGGUCUGAGGUGAGCAAAGCUACGUCGUCCAACGUAGAUAAUAUAUGUCAAGAUGUGAAGUCCACCGAGAUUACUAACGAAGAAAAAAAAUCAUCUUAUCACACUUCGGAAGAUAUCGCGAAGAAAAACACUUCCAUCGUCGCGGGAAGUUCUCUUUAUUCUUGUCAGACGACUACCAGCAAUUUAAUUAUGAGUGAGAAGAAGAUGGAGAUCGCUGGAUAUUAUCACAAGGCCGUGACGACGCUCGAAGAAGUGCCAAGCCACGUGGAAAAGGACGCGCCUAUUGAUACCCCACCGCCUCUUCCAUUGACAGGCCCGCCAAAAAUAGAGCAAGUGUUGCAUACAAGAAUUACUCCUACGAUAGAAUCUCCGCAAAGAAAGUUUUCCUUGAACGGUGAUCUCUGGAGACAAGAUGACAAGUCUGAGCGAUCUGUUCGAGAUAAAAUCGCAAUGUUUUCAUCGCAAAGCAAUCUUGAUGCGCCUCUAUUUCCCAAUGCCAUAACAGCGGCAGCAGCCACGAGCAACAGCAAACGCCUCUCCAAGUACAAGUCCUCCGAAGACGUUUGCUACGAUGACAAGAGCAACGGACAGAAAGAUCGACCGUCUUUCUUCGCCGACAGAACACAGAGUUCUUUCGAUCUCACCGAUUCAGCCAAGACUAUGACUGGGCAUGACGCGAAGAAAUAUAAUCAAAGAACGCUUAGUUUGCCUCAGACUGUUCAACCUGCUCUGUUGAGUCCAACUGCGCAAACUACGCGAACUCCAAAGACGCUACCAAUUGUUCCACCGAAAUCAUUAUCUAAUCCACUGUCAACAUUCAACACGAUCAAGCCAACGACACCAAACACAACUUCAUUAACGCGAGCUACCAGUUUUUCCGGCCCGGCACCCUUUAUGCAAGAUAGAGAUUCUUUGACAACCGAUUCAAUCAGCAACUCACAAAUUUCAAGAACGAAUUCCUUAGCGUCCACAUUUAGACGACCCGGCGAAGAUGUAAGGAGAAACAGCUUGAAUCAGCUGAUCGAGCAGAGACGAAGAUCAAUAUCGAAAUUACGUGGUCUAGUUAUACCAGAAAAAGACACUGUAUCAAUCGAUCAACCUAUCGUCGAUUUACCAGAAAUCAAAUCACGAGAUUCAAUAUUAUUACAUCAGAUACCAAAGGCAAAUAUUCAAGACAAGUGGGGGUCUCAAAGUUCCUUAGCCAGCAACGCCAGCACAGCGAGCCAGCCAUUGAAAGCGACAACGUCCUUCAAAAUGCCGGCGCCUCAGAUAUACUCCAAGUACUCCCCGGCUUUCAAAAGAAAGUCUCUCACGGUUUAUGGUACUUCAGUAACGACAAAUUCCACGAUAAACGGCAGCAGCCCGAUCAAAAGUUCUCAAUCAACAGCAAUGUCCACAUUUUCGGAGCCACCGAAAAGCCUGGAGAGUAUUUGCAGUCCUACAAGAAGCGAUUACAGCUUCGAGUUUGCCUCGACGACGAGCUCACCGGAUGGCUCGCGUACUAGGCCGAGGAUAAUGCAAAGGAAAGCUCGCUUAGAUUACGAUGAUUCCGACAAUGAUUCGGCCGUAAGCAGCUCUCAGAGCAGCAUAUCUCGCGGCUUCAGUCCGCCGAUGUCUCCGGUACCGUCGGAAAGAUCUACCAUUUCAUCAGAGAGAUCUUAUGUCUCCGCGGAAUUAAAUUGUCAACGUCGGCCUUUGAUCGCAGAUAAUUUGAGCAGAAUUUCAGUCGCACGAGAUAUCAGAGAUCAAAUUGCUGCAUCCGAUAAAGAUCAAUUCACCUCCAGGAUAGGUGUUCUUGGUGAACGAACAUAUCUAGCCGAAAGAUCAUCUUCCAGCAGCAGCGGGUCAAAUCCGCGCUCACCACAGCCGAACGAGUUUGUUUCGAGAAGUUCGCAAAUUCCUCAGAGACAAUUGAGGCGAUCGAACAGCACCGAUACAAAUUGCAGCACAUCCUCGACGCUCACAUCCGGAUCUCAAGCCAGUGCCGAGUCUCUAUCCCGGAGAGUACUGAAGCCGCAAAGCGUGGAGGCGAUAAAUCGAAAAAAUAUCCUGGCGAGCGCCAGAUGCCGAAGCGGUAGGGAUUUGAACGGAUCGCCGCUAAUCCAGCGAAAGUUUUCAGACGACGAAGAUGCUGUAAAAGAAACCAUCCAGAACGGUGGUGCUAUUCAUCAGAUAAGCAAUAACUCGGGGAGCGAUCCCGCGAGCAAACAAGAGAUCAAGAUUGCGUAUAUAGAAGUCGCGGAUCCCUUCGCGGAGGACGAAGAAUCGUUACAGAAGGACGAGGAGAAACCUAAAUUGCCACCUAAAAUGAGUUUCCCGCCGCCAGCUGUUAGACCACCCAAAUCUGAAAUGUUGGAGCCAUCAAACGAUCUUAAAAUGUGGGUUCGAGCGGAAGUAAAGACUUUGGCGCGAUCAAUGGAAGAAAAAUCGAGAUAUGACAAAAAUCCAAUCCUCGCUGCUCAAAAUUUGGAAACAAGAAAUAGUCGUGGCUCCAUAUUUAACCAACCCGCUAUUACUACGUCCAACAACGAUUUGUCUUCAAAGAAUAGAACUACGGUAAGCGAUAUGAAGGUCACCGCGAUGGAAAUGUCGAAACCACAAAGUAAAGCGAAUUCAACUCCUAGAAAAAAUAUGGAAGACCAAAACGAUCUUUUGACGAUCUUAACGACAAAAAGUCGCUCCAGAUCAGCUAUACACGUCGACGAAGGAACGUUUGGUAGAUCGAAGAGUCAGAUGAGUCUAGAAGAUAUACUUGGCGCUAAGUCAGAUUUGAAAUUAUCCCGUGCGCAAAAUACAGAACCAAAAAUUGAAAAGAAUGGUAUGAUACCAAGCUCGCCGGUAAAAUCUGCUUGGGAAAUUUCGAAAGAAAGUCGAUACGGGAGAAGAGGCUCUAUUACUUCGAACGAAUCCUUGUCGGAGGAUAGACCCUUUGUAUCGAAAAUACCCACCUUAGGAAGAACCAAAACUGUCGACAGCGGCGACGAAAUGACAGAAAGUGUCGAAAGAAUAAAAAGUGUGACAGCGUCGAAGAUUCCGACGUCUCGUGGCUUAAAUCGACGCAGCGCCAGUGUUACGGAUAUGAAGAAAGCCUUGGAGAAGGUUGAUACCAAUCCUAUGCAUAAUCAAUCACAACAGAACACCAGCAACACUCACAAUCGAUUUCCAAGUCUAGACAGCAGCGUAGACGAGAAUAUCGGGACGGAAAUAGACACCGAUAGAUGCUAUGGCGAGCAAUUUGGCAGUAUCAGUUCACUCGCCAGCAGUACCAGUCUAAUCUCGCAACAAGAACUGGCGCAGCUCGUCGAGGAGGCGAGUUUGGAAGAGGCACGUGGAGCGCACGAUGUUAUAGUCGUUUUGCUUCACAAGGAGAACCCGACCGGCAGCGUUGGCAUUACUUUGGCUGGUGGCGCGGAUUGCGAAGUGAAGGAGAUCACGGUUCAUAGAGUACUAACGCACUCUAUCGCGGAUAAAGACGGCCGGGUGCAGAGGGGUGAUAGGAUCCUCAGCAUAAACGGUCGGAGCACGCGAGGUCUCACACACCGGGAGAGCAUGGCGGUACUGAAGCAGCCGAGAUCGGAGGUCGUAUUGGUCGUGUCGAGGGUCAGGAUGGAGGAAGGCUGUAAGCUGAGGUCGCGAACUGCGAGUGUCGAAACCAUCGUCGAAGGGUUAGAGACGAAUGGAAACGUGGAAGACACAGCAUGGGGACCACCGUCGACCGUGGCAGUUUACAAGGGCGGAGCUGGUCUCGGAUUUAGUCUGGAAGGCGGCAGAGAUAGUCCCCUCGGAGAUAGACCUUUAAUUAUCAAGAAGAUAUUCACCGGAGGUGCUGCCGAGAAAACAGGUGCCUUAAAAGCCGGGGACCAACUGCUUGAAGUAAACGGUAACGAUGAUCUCCUAGUCAGGCAUCCUGCCACUAAAUCCUCGUGA